UGUAUUAGCUUUUAAUCAACAUUUUAAUUCAAACAUUUUCCGAUUUAGCUGUACAGAACUCUCAGCAGAGACCAAUCAAUCCAUUCAAUUGAGCUGGGGACACCCGGUGAAAGAGUAUGAAGAUUCUGGUGACUGGCGCCUCGGGUUAUUUGGGGGGAAGACUGACCCACAGACUUCUCAGUGUAGGCCACACAGUGCGAGCCUUAGUGCGCCGCACCAGUGACAUUUCCGCCCUUCCUUCUCCCAUAGGAGACGAAUGUUUCGAGCUUGCCUACGGUGAUGUCACCGACUACGGGUCACUUCUAGAUGCUUGCUCCGGUUGCCAAGUCAUCUUCCACGUGGCCGCCGUUGUGGAGCCUUGGCUUCCCGAUCCUUCUAAAUUCUUCUCUGUUAAUGUAGGAGGAUUAAAGAACGUAGUGGAAGCGAGCAAAGAGACGAAAACGAUCCAAAAGAUUGUCUACAGCUCGUCGUUCUUUGCUCUAGGGUCAACCGAUGGAUACGUCGCCGAUGAGAAUCAAAUUCAUCCUGGAAAGUAUUUCUGUACGGAGUAUGAGAGGUCGAAGGCUGAUGCUGAUAAGAUAGCGUUGCAAGCUGCAGCGGAAGGGUUACCAAUAGUCCUGGUUUAUCCUGGAGUUAUCUAUGGUCCGGGAAAGCUCACCACGGGUAACAUGGUUGCCCAAUUAAUGAUUGAACGCUUUAAUGGACGUUUACCUGGCUACAUAGGCUAUGGAAAUGAUAAAUUUUCCUUCUGUCAUGUUGAUGAUGUUGUAGAAGGUCAAAUUGCAUCAAUGGACAAAGGUAGACCUGGUGAAAGAUAUCUACUAUCGGGAGAAAACACAUCAUUUGUGCAUGUUUUCGACAUGGCUGCGGUCAUCACUGGAACAAAAAGGCCUAGAUUUAGCAUACCCCUCUUUUUGAUUGAGGCUUAUGGAUGGAUGUCAGUGUUCGUCUCUCGAAUCACCGGAAAGCUUCCUCUCAUCAGUUAUCCAACUGUGCAUGUUUUAAGACACCAGUGGGCGUAUUCUUGUGAGAAGGCUAAGGCAGAGUUGGGAUACAACCCUCGGAGCUUGAAAGACGGACUAGUAGAGAUGCUUCCCUGGUUGAGGAGCUUAGGCUCCAUAAAUUACUGAAUUGUGAAUAAACGUUGGCCGCCAUCGGCCAUCCCUAUGUUGUUUCACUGCAGGGAAGGAUUAAUGUAUUGUAAAUGAUAUUUCUUUGACUGGUGUAAACAGACUACAUCGCUUCUUUAUACUGAUGAGUAGAUUUUACCUUA